AUGGCCGAAGUGUACAGUAGCAGUAGUAUCCCCAACGGGAUAAAAGACAUUCUUACCUCUCUACACGAGGAGCAUGUUAAUUUUCAAAAAUAUUUAUCAAUCCUAAAAGAUUAUUUAGAUGUUGAUCCUAUUAAUAACACAAACAAGUUAGUAAGGUAUAUUACAAACAAUUUGAACAUAAGUGAAAUUCAAAAUAAUAUAGGUCAUUAUAUCGCAGAUAUAAUAGUGUACAUUCAAGAUAUUAAUAAAUUAGAUAAAGAAAAUUACAGUGAAGAUCUAGAUGAAGAGCAUAUGGAAAGAAGUAGGAAGGAAAAGGGGGGGAAUAAAAAAGUGCACGAAAAAGGGGAGAAAAAAGAGGACAAAGAAAAGGACAAAAACGAGGACAAAAAGGAGGAUAAGAAAGAAGAGGCGGAGGAAAACCCCGCUUUCAUGUUUUCUGAAUAUAGGAUAAAUAUAAAAGAUGAAAAUUUGAAAAAAUAUAUGGCAAAAGAUUAUAGAAAGGAAAUAAUAAAGAAUUGCACAAAAAAUGUAAACUAUUUAAAGUUAAUGUAUAUAAUUAGUACAAACAUUUUUCCAAAAAAUGGAUAUGUAUUAUUUAUUAACAUAUUUCAUAAGCGCGAAAUAAACUAUCAGUACAAGUUAUUAUCUCUAGAAUACUUUGCCAAUGUAGCAAAUAAAAUUACCCUAGAAAGAGCAAAAUAUAUAGCUCAAAUACUACCCCUUGUUUUAGAAAAUUUUUAUAAUAUUGAUGGAGAACCUUAUUAUAAUGAUAAUAUAAAUAAUGUAGAUAUACUAAUAUGUAUGUGUAAAUUCGUUAAUGUGUUAUGCGAUGAAUCCAUUAAAGCUCAAGAAGAUGACAAGCAAGACGUUGCAUUAUAUUCUAUAGUCGCUUUUAUUAUGAGAAUUAUAAGUUAUCAUAAUACAGAUUUAUCAUUAAAUAGAAAUGUGGAAAAAUUAUUUAAAUAUAUAAAUUAUAACAAUAUAAAUUAUGAAGAAUGUAUAAAAAUAUAUUUCAAAUUAUCAAAAAAUCUGUAUAAAUCUAAAAAAGAAAUUGUGGUUAGGGAUUGCUUGUCAUCAUUAACUUGGAGACUAAGUAUAAUAAAUCCAAACUUACAUAGAAUUUUAGAGAGGGUAAAUAUUUUAAUUCCCAACACAAAAGCAUGUGCAUUAGAAAAUUCUACCUUAGAAAUAUCUAUCCUAUGCUAUUUAAUCCUAAUAGAAAGAAUAAAUAAAUGUUGUUUUCCUCUUGUCUUUUCAGAAUUAUAUUUAUUUAAUUUAAUGAUCAGAAAUAGUUAUAAUCUAAUUCUAUGUGCACCUAAAGCAAGAGAAAAGAUUAGAAACAAUUUAGUUAUCAAAGCAUAUCAUUUUAUAUGCAUUUGUUCAGUUCUGUCUAAAGUUAUUAAAAAAAAUAAUAAUGAGUAUUAUAGUAAUAUUUAUAAGUUUAAAUGGAGACCUUAUGAUUUUCUUAAAAAAUUAUAUGAAACACUAUAUACUUAUAGAGACUUGAAGGUAUAUUCAAAAAUAAUAUAUAACUGUAUAAGUAAUAUUAUGAGAAAUUUCCAAUGGGAUAUAUUUUAUUCCCUCUAUAAUAAAUUAAUAAUUGAAUGUACUACUGAUCAUGUUAGGAGUAUAAUUUCCUCCUUUGUAAAAGAUGAAUUGUAUAAACAAAUGCUAAGUGUCGUUAAAAAUUGUGAACUCAUUAAAGAAAACUUACAAAAAAGAGAAUGCACUUCUACAUUAUUAAUUAGUAACAAUGAUUCUUACAAAAGUAAUGCAGUUAUGUCAAUGGAACAGGAACAGGAUGAAGAAGAUGAAGAAGAUAAAAAAAAAAGAAAAAAGAAACAAAAAGAAAAUGGAAUAGAAGACACAGGAAAUUUUGAUAAUAAGAUUGAAAUAAAUAAAUUAGGAUAUCAAAUAAGGAAAAUUAUUUAUAUAUUAAUAGGUGAAGAAUCUGUUCUUUUAUAUAUUGAUUCAAUUACUGUUGUGCUAAAUGUAAUAAAAAUGAUUUUAUUAAAUAAAAAAUUUCGGCCCUUUUAUAAAUAUAUUUUAAAUUUUGAUCAAACGUCUACAUGUUUUUUACAAAAUAAAAUAAAAUAUUUUCAUGAUCAAAUUAAAAUAGAAAAAUCUGUUUUAUCAAGCGAAAAACGUAGUUAUAAUUCCUUAACCUCAAAAGCAAAUAAUAUACUAGAAAAGAAUAUCACCAUGAACAACAUUAUGAGUGAUAUUGAUAUGAACAAAUUGGAAAUUAUUGUUAUGUUAUUAUCAGAUAUUGAAAAACUCAUUGAGAAAAUUAAAAUGAAUGCAAAGAAUUAG